UGACGUCACACAUUCAUGGCUGGAAAUGAAAGACUGACGUUCCUAUUUUGUAGCGAAAGUGCGCCCCCUGUCGCCAGGAAAUCCAAGCCGGAUGUGGAAUUUGAAAUACAGCUCCAGGACCGCGUUGGAUGCCUGGUUGUUACAGAGAUGAGCGGAGAGAACGUCAAGUUGUUUGUGGGCAACCUUCCUUUAGAUGCAACCCAAGACGAGCUCAACAAGCUUUUUGCUCCGUACGGGGAGAUCAACACCUGCUCCUUGCUCAGACAGUAUGCCUUCGUUACCCUGAAGGGAGAUGGAGCGGCCGACAGGGCUAUACGGCAUCUCGACGGCAAGGAGUACAGAGGCAGACCACUUGUGGUGGAAGAAUCACGUGCUCGUCCGCCAAACUCCACCAAAGUGUUUGUGGGGAACCUCAGCGCCACAUGUUCUGCAGAUGAUCUGCAUGGACUGUUCUCGACAUUUGGGAGGGUUUUAGAUUGUGAUAAAGUCAAAGCGAGAUUAUGUUCAAACGUUGGCUAUGCAUUCGUGCAUAUGGAAAGAAAAGAGGAGGCAAUGGCAGCCAUUGAGGCCCUCAAUGGAACCAUUUUCAAGGGCCGUCAGCUGGCUGUAGAGCUCUCCAAAGCUCAACCUUUGGUCAACCAGCUAAUGACAUCCGGGAAUUCAGCCGGUGGUAGAGAGGGUCUCCUUCCUCGGCCAGCUGGCUCCAUGGAGCAUCACCAGAGUCAUGCUGCUGUACUUGCAGCAGCUGCAGCGGCUGCUGCCGGACUUCCCAUACAAGUGCAACAAAGCGUCCAUAACUCGUUCUACAACACAACAUCGUUUGACCCCACUUAUGCUGCCCUGAAGGGCAUUACGAGUUCUAAAGGCGCAGACGGGGUUAUAUACGGCGCUCUCGCCAGCCAGGUGUACGGAUCCGUGGCUGACCAGGUGUACCAAGACAUGGCCAAUCACACUGCGGCACCGAGCAGUAUGGCUGAAGAGUAUGAGGCUCAGACCACACCGGACCCAACAACGCUUUUUGAGGCUGCAAGAGCCAAGUUCUUCCAGGAGGGACAGAAGGUUCUGGCGGAGCAACAAGCAGGGAGAAAAACGACGACGACAACCACAACUACUACAGAUACAACAACUUCAGAAACCGAGCGGGAUCGCAGCCCGAUCAGAGGAAACAAGGCGCCCUUGCUUCCGGACCCUGGUCCAGGUUCCUUCACAAAUCGAGCCAAACGCCGUGCUUUGCUGCCAACGCCACCUGGAGUACCUGAAGACCCUGCGACUGCGACUGCUGAAGGGGCAGAUUCUGUUGCUAGGUCCUACACAGAAUAUUACCAGCAAAUGCAUCAGUACCAACAAUACCAACAGUACCAGCAACAGUACCAUUACCUCCAGUACGCCUACACCAAUCCUCCACCCCCUCCUCCGCCGGCCACUACAGAAUCCUCCAGCGCAAUCCCUCCACCCCCAGGGACGUACACAGCACCCCCGGCCUACUCCGCAACGCAAGACUACGGGCCCCCAGGAACGUACGACCCUCCCACGAGUUACGACCAGUCAACAGAGAGCUACGACGCCUCGGCGGCGAGCUACGGCGCCUCCGGAAACUACAGCGCCUCGGCUGGCUAUGAUGCAUCGGGAGGCUACGGAGCGUAUGAUACAUCUGGAGCUUACGCAGCAGCGGGAAGCUACUCCGCAUCCACACCGUAUGAGCAGACACCCGCACACGGGCAACCCACGCCCCAGCGCAAUGAUUACCCUUAUAACACGCCAGAACCCCCGUACCGAUAGGCCCACCCCUUCACACGGUCUUUCCACACUCACUGCAGAUGUGUGUGAGUCAUUAGAUAAGGGACAGUUGAAGGGUCAAAUAAGACAGGCAGUUGAAAUUUGAAUGUUCGGUAAAUCUGAAGCAUCUCAUCGUUCUCAAUCAUGGCUUAUCUCCUUUCCAUCUAGCUUGGCUCUUGUUAGUGGCUGUUGACACAUGCAGAACAAGGGAUAUUUCGUACAGAUGUCUCUUUAGUUGUUGCACAGGCACAGCUGGUUUUGUGAGGCAGGAAGUUACUCGUUGUGAGCUUGUAUCAGGGAAGGCCUUUUUUAAUAUAUACUUUGCAAUUAUAGACUUUUUCAAGCAGUCCCAAGAUGUUAGGGUUGGGUUAUGUUUUUUGUGAGCUCUAUCCCAGUUAAACAUAUUUUUCUUUGUGAUAAUUAUUUGGACAUGUAUACGCACCUCCUUGCAUUGCAAUAUGGCCCCUCAGUGCAGUGUUUACAAUUGGCAUAAUAUAACCUGCAUUGUUUGGUAACAACGUUUGGUGCCGCAUUUAAUGGCAAAAUUCAAUUAUUAGGACAUUUAGGAUACUCAACAUGUCUUCUUGCAAUCACAUAAUGUUGACUGUUGAGUGAAUAUUUUUGAGCCAAGGUUGGAUGUGGCUGGAUAGCAUUCAAGAUGAAUAACAUUACAGAUGUCUAGCAUGAUAUUUAUCUCUAUAUCCCACUCUACUCCUCCAAGUAUUUUUUUGCAUUACUAAGUGAGCAACUUGAGUCAAAGGCAAACAACUUUGCUUCUUUUAAGUAAAACUCUGUUUAAAGGGACUGUUUGCAACAGCUACAGAGCGCUAACUUACAAACUUUGUGCUCCAAGUACACAAGAUAUACCCCACGUAUCACACAAACACGUGCAGGAGCCUUUAUUAAGUGCUGGCGGUCUGCAAGUGUCAGAACAUCUUUCUCACAAUUUUCAUAUCUAAUACAAAGGACAAGUACAAGAUCAGUAAAACUUUUAAGUUAAUAUCGCUUCUCUGGGACUGCGCGCCUUACGUGCAUGUUUUACGAGACAGCCAUGAAUGCCAUUCGGGCCGAAAGACAAUUUCUAUUCAAUUAAAUUUGUAAUUGUGAUUUUUUUUUUUUUUCUUUCACACACGAAUGAUAGCAGGUGGUGUUCUAUUUUUUUGGUGUUAAAAACAUCAUUUUCAGCCAGUUGCAAACAGUCGUUUUAAGCAUAUUUGGAUAUUUUCUCAGGCUGCAGAUGAGUGUGUUUUUGUAUGUAUAUACAUUUAUGAAUGCGCAGGAUCUUGAUUUGGCCAAUCUGAAGAUUCUUAUUGUCUUCAAAUGUGAUAGAAGUCCUAACUGGCGAGGCUGAACUACUUUUCAUACUUGACAGUACAAGUGUAAAUAUAUCUAGCCUUCUUUAUAAAUUGAUAAAAGUUGUCAGCCAACAUUUGGUUCUACUGCGACUGUUAAUAAGUGUCAGGCCAUUGCUUUGGAGACGAGGGGAAUAGCUAUUGAGUGGAUGGACAAGAUUGUAUGGCAGCAGCUGUAGAUGUCUGGUGCAGAUGUUAUAAUUAGACCGAUCAGAUGCGAAGAGGUUUGCUGCUGUUGUAGGUGAGCAGAGGUGAGAACCCAUCGAAUUGUGUUCCUUUAGAUCAGAGAAGGAAUAAGUUUGAUGCUUUGGCUUGUGAAAGCACACUCACACAUGGAUAGAUUUUAUAUUUGGCCUCAUUACCUAUCACACUUGUAAUACCCCAGUUGACACUUAAAUGCACAUAUUCAGCUUCAGUCGUUCCCUUGGUGAUUGUAGCACACACUUUCUGUUGCACAGCCUCAUCACAUGCCACAAUAUUCCAGCUUCUCCAUGUAAACUUGUUAGUUGCAUGCCAUGUUGUUGCUGCUGCUCCAGCCACCUUCUUCCUCUUGCUGAUUAUUGCAGCUAGAGUGGGAGGGAGCCAAACUCUGAGCCCUUGCCCUGGACGUACGCCACGCGCUGCUGUAAGCGCGGGAUGGGGGAAACAGCAGCGUUAGGCCUGAAACUGCUGUGGACGAUGGGGUGGCCCCCCCCUCGCUAAAGGUAAACACUCAGUACCACACACUCCUGCCCCUCCCUGAAAAACACGCGUACACAGUUACACACACAUGCAGACCUUUUCACCUUUUUUGGACAUUCUUUUUUUUUUUUUAACGUUUUUCCCUCCCUCUUUACAUACAUUCCUGGCCCUGAAGAUCAUCCAUAUAUGAUCUUUGAAGAUGGCGCCUUCUAGCGUGAAUCUCAAGUUAACAAAGCAGGUAAAUCCUGUCCUGCAAGAAAGUCCGAGGGGUAGGUCACAUAGUUAAGAUGAUCAUCUUUUUGUUUUUUAACCGCAGCAACACUGUGGCCACUUUUUUUGGGUUAAAGUGCCUUGCUGAAGAUAACAUCGCUGGGCCCUCCAUUUCAGAGGCCAAUAAAGUUGGCUCAGGAUCGGUUGCCACUUCAAAAACAAAAAAACCCUCCCCUUCCACGACGACGUUUUUCAAUGUCACUUUCAACCUGUAAUAAUGACAAUGAACACAAAUAUCAAUUUGUUUUAAGUGACAUUUUGUCCAUGUUCUUUUGAAAUGUUUAUCAAUAAAAAAAAAACAAAUUCA